AUGUGUGGUACUUACCUCAAGAAUGGGAGUUAUGAAAGCGAUGUGCCUAAAAAUUUUCAAACUACUCAGGGUAAGGGAGAAGAUGAUGAUUUAAAUGUUGAAGAAGAAGAGUAUUGUUCGAUUUGCGAAAAACUCAUCGGAAAAGAUGAUAAAACCCGAGUUUUUGUAGGAACUGAUUAUGUUGCUUGUUCUGAUGCUUGUUAUUCAAAAGGUGAGUUCUUAUCAGAGGACGAAAGAGAUAAGUUUAAAGGAAUUAUUUUAAAAGGUUUAUCAGAGGACCAGUUUAAAGGUGUAGUUCUCCAAGUCCAAAAUUUAAUCCAGACUAGGCGAGGUAAUGAAGAUGAUGAAAAUAAUGAUGUUCUCCAGUCUCAAAUCCAAAAAACUAUUAAUGAAAUAGAUUUCGAAUUGAACAAAAGUCCUAAAAUCAAUGAAGAAGAAAUUGAUUUUGAUUUGGUUAGUUGGCGAAAUUAUCUGCUAGGUUCGGUUGAUCUUAAUCAAUUGGCUAGUCGGAGAGAAGAAAUAUUGAGCGUUGUUAAGAAAAUUCGCCAGCAAAAAAAAAAGAAGAAGCAAGGGAGUGAGUUAGAUCAAGUUCGUAAAGAGGCUAUCCAAAAAAUUCGAGAGGAAUUAACUAAAAGUCCACCGAUUGAAAGUGAAGAAUUGAAAAUUAAAAAACUUCGGUCUUCAGAUGUUUACCAAGAGGAAAAGACAAAAGUUCAAGAUAUAGAAAAGCAGCUCCAAAAGUUAAAUCCGGAAAAAUAUAAAGAAGUAGUUGAGUUAAUUUUAGACCAACAACUUGAAAAUAAUAGACUAAAUGAUAGCAAUAUCGACGAGGAGACUAAACAAGCCAUAGCUGCUGCCAAAAUAAAUCCUUCUCAAGAAAACCUUGAUAAAGCAGAGGAGGCUAUUUGUCAAAAGGGAGCUGAUAAUGAAUUAACUGAACUUUUUGAAAAAGUCGAGACUAGAAUUAAACAAGGGAAUUUAACUAAAGAGGAACGAGAAGUUUUGAUUGAUGAGAUCUAUGAAUUUGCUAAAAAAAAUAAUUACCGAGAAAUAGCUUGCGAGAAAAAACAACAGGCGAUGGAUGUUUUACUUGACAAAUUAUUAGAUUGA